GCAGUACCGUCGUACGGUUUGCGCAAGAACCAUCCCGCUCGUUCCUCAUCGGCAUGACACUCGACUCACCUGUCGCCGCACUGUCGUAGGAGUCCGAAUCCUUUACCCCGACUCGCGCGCGCGAUCGAUCUCUCGCGCCUUUGAGUCCUCGAGCACGGUCUUCCGUCUUUCGCGAUCUUCGGUCGAGAUCCCGCGCCGAGUCGUCGGGGGCUCGCGUGAAUGGUGAACGAUUGACGGACCCAUUGAUCGCCGGUCAACGAUGCGGUCGCGUGGUCCCGCUGGUGCACGGCUCGUACUCGAGCGAAGCCGUGUCUCUCGAUGAUCCUUCAAGGGAUGGACACAAACGCGACGACGCUCGAUAGGGCGCCAAGGAUUUCAACGCUCCGCUUUCAUUCCUGGCGAUAUUGCCCUCGAAACCUAGACGGCUCUUAAAACGCGCCGCGGUGAUUGAGAAUCGAUACGCGCGCUGCGGCAGAAUUAUGUGACGAUCGUGCCCGUGUGCUUCUCCGCAGCCCCCUCGGAAUUUCGGGCAUCCCUUGAAGAGGACGGGUCUUAUCUUACGCGGGGGAUCUUCAAGAGCCUGAGCAUUCAGAUAUUUUAACAAUCUCCAGGGGAUAAAGGCCGCAACUUUAGGGUUCGAAGAGACCGACACCUACACAUUGACAGCACAUACUGAGAGUAGAGAAAGUUCAGCGAUCGUAUAACUUCACUUCGUCGAAUGUGCUUCCGCGAGGACAAUCUCGUGAGUGCGAGGCACACGGUGGGACUCGAGUGUGAUUUACUUCUCGUCGCGGGAGUAAAAAUCUCGACGGAAGGGACUAUGUCACGGCGCGUCGCCUGGUGCUUCAUUUGAUACAAAAUACCAACAGCGACGGCGACAGAUACGGCCAAACGGCUCGAGAAAUAACGGCAGCGUUAAUCAACGCGUUCGUGCGACGCCCGCUCGUAUAAACAAUAAACAAUAAACUGUGAUAUAAAGCUGAGAGAUAGUCCCGUGAAUCAACCGCUGCCAUCAGCUGUUAAAUUAACUGUGGACAAGGGUCUGAUCCCCUGGCGUAUGUUUGUGUGUCUGUGUGCAUGUGCGGUUCGCUUUAUACACGAUGGCACGUUUGCAAUGAGAUCGGACGAGUCAACGGGAUUAAGCAUCGCUAAUUAUCUUAGAGCCGCCGUAUAAUUGCUGCUAAUUAAUCAGCGUGACUCUUCACGCUCCUCGUCCCUGUCGAGCUGCGAGCUUCACCGCCGUCGCGAGCUCAUAUACGGAAACAAUGAAGUGGCUUUGGGUAAUUGUCUUAGUGGCUCUGGCGCUGCCAGCUGCUGUACCACGCAAAAUCCACAGGAGCAAGCCCACGCCACGACUAUAUGGUGAUAGAGUCCCCGUCAGUUUAAUAAGAACCACUAGCAGCAAGGUACGGCAAAAGAUCGUGGACACACACAAUUACUUUCGCACGCAGGUCAAGCCAUCUGCCGCCAACAUGCUCGUCAUGAAAUGGCAUUCGGGUUUAGCGAAGGCAGCGCAGAGGUGGGCUGAUCGCUGCCUCGGUUUAGUGCACGACAAUGCAACCGGCCUGUACCUGGACGGCUUUGGGCAGAGUGGACAAAAUAUAUUCAUCAGCACGGGUCGUACACUCUGGAACUUCCCCAUCAGAAUGUGGUACAUGGAGUACAAGGACUUCAAGUACGGGCCCAACACGACGAAUGAGGUCCUCGAGAUCGGCCAUUAUACGCAGGUGGUAUGGGCGACGACACAUCUGGUCGGGUGCGGGGUGAGCCAUUGCACCGGCGGCAAGGGUCCGCUCGGCAAGGAUUUCUAUAUGUACGUUUGCAACUACGCUCCGAGUGGGAACUACAAGAUCCGUCUAGGCCAACCUUACGUAGCCGGAAAGCCCUGCAGCAUGUGUAAGGAUCACUGCACGCGGGACGCGCUCUGCACGAACGCGUGUUACCACACCGAUCUGUGGUCGAACUGCGCCGAGCUGGUCAGAACGUUCAGCUCGUGGGUCUGCGAGACGGACACCGAGGAGGGCCGUGAACGCCGGAAGUUCUGCGGUGCCACGUGCAAUUGCAAGGACAAGAUCUACUUCCAACACCAAGGGUAGGAAGGCUCCUUGGCUUCCGCGUUUGGGUCCACCGUGUUGCAUGAAUAAUUUAAUCGCCCUGCAAAACUAAACUCAAACCUGGUGGGUGUGACGACGGCUAAACGGCUGCAGAUCGUUUAACGGGGGGGUGUUGUUUUAUUGAUGAGCUCGUUUGUUUAGUGAUGAAAGCUGGAGAAACGUUCGCGAUGUUGCGAGCCAGGACACCGAGAGAGAGAGCGAGAGCGAGAGCGUAUAACGAGUAAACGGGAUAAUACGGAAAUAUGGUAGAUGAAGUGAUUGUGGAAUUUGUGUGCUAUCUGAAUCUCUGGGGCCUAGAUUUCGCGGAUUCUGGGGAUUCUUCAAAGUCUAAUAGAUCGAUAGAUUCUAUGCCGCAGCGAUCUAAUGACUGCACAUAAUCUUUCCAUUCCAGAUCCCAGAGAUUCCAAAAUAUGAUUCUUGUUGUAAUAUAAUCCUUCAAUUUCAGGACUCUGAACUUUACAAUCCUCCAAUGUUCAGAAUCCAUUGAAACUUUACGAAUUAUCGAUGUAAAACUCGCAUCUGUUUAUCUUUUGUGUUUCGAGCAAAACCGCAAUUCUCGCCAAGUAACCAAAAUACAUCUGCGAAAGAAGAAUAUCAACCGUAUGUCGUUUUUAUUGCGCUAAAGCAUUAUUUAAUUUAAUAUUUAAUUUAUUUGUGUGCUCGCUUCUUUCAGCAAUGUCAAAAGAUCAAAGAGAGUAGCUUCAAUAGAAAUGGAUUAAUUUUUCACAGAUAAAUUUCGCGUGUCGCUUUUAACAUCGAGAUUAAAACUUAUUGCAUCUCACGUUUACAUUUCACAUGUUUAGAAAUGGGCAUAAUUUCAUAAUUAAUACGCACGCACUCGCACGUCCGCGGAAGAACAAAGUUUUACUGGGUUUGAAAAUAUUUUGAUCUACACUUAGCUUUUCAUCAGCAACUCUUUAAUCUAUUUGCUCUUUGUAAAGGUAGAAUUUUUAAUUACGUUGUAUACAAAAUAAUUCAAAACGGUCAUUCUUUUAUAUCCGAAUACCUAUUUUGAAUAACUUCUGAAAAUUAUUAUCGCUCUUGUGUUUUAAAGCAUACAGAGUACAAGUUCGGUUUAUGUAUUCUGAAGAAGAAGAAAGGCUAACUCUACAUCUUACAUUCACUCGUAAUUAUUUUCACAGUUUUUGUAUCCUUGUAAACUUGCGCAAAAUAAAACUUGAGACAGAUUUUAUUCGUUUAACGUGAUUGCUAGCGAAUUUUUGGCUUUGAAUAUCUACUCCGUUGCAAAAGAUUCGGCAUCAAAUUACUUAAAUGGGUAAUUAAGAAACUUAUUUAAAUGAAUAACAUAAUGAGCUAAUUUGAACUUGUCCACAUUGUUUCUUUUCGAAAAUUGAAUCGUGGAAUCUUGUGAAAUAUUUCUCAUACUUUUUGCCUAAAACGAUGACUUUUAAAUAUCAUAAAAAUUGUAAAUAAAUCCGGUGGGUAACAUAUCGAAACUGACAAUUAUUAGGCGAUAGACGUACUUCUACUUUCAGCUAACUGUUAAGAGGAACAAUGUAAAAAUUAAACUAAGCUUUGAGAAAAUGGUGUGUCGAUGUUUCUUGUCGUGACGUAACGAUGGAACUUCCCUUUAGCAAUUAACAAUAACAGUUAUUUUUAUCUUAGCUUUAACAACAGUGUGCUCACGCACAGCGCGAUAUCGGAUGAAAGCAAUUCGGAAUUGUAAAGUUAACUCUUUACCGCAUAAUUUCUCUUACAAUCACAAGAAUAUAUUUUCGAUGAGCAACGUGGUGUAUCUAAAGACCUAAUUCUCUUUUCUGGCGAAAAGAUUUGCAAAGACACAUAUCGCGCAAUGUACACAAGCGUAUUAUCAAUAUUAUCUUCGUAACAAUACGAUACGUUUAUUAUGGACAGUGAAAAUUUUCUGCCACAUUAUGAGUAAAUAAAAAUUUAGCGACAAAAGUGUAAAGAAGUUUUAUCGAGUGAAAAAGAUGCAUUUUUCAGAAAAUGAAAUAUUGCAAGUAUUUUCUAUAAAUGAUAUCUAUUUGAUUUUUGUAAAAAAAAAACCGGAUAUGUUUAAUAUAGCCCAUCGUACAGUUUGAUGAAGAAUCGUUGUUGUUAUUUUUAUAGAAACUGAAAAAUUGAUACUGCAACAAACACGUACCAUAAUAAUGCGGUAAAGAGUUGAGAUAAAUCGUAAAUCAUAAGACACAUAAUCAAUAAUACGCGUCGAGAAAUAACACGUGUGACGAGUGGUGAGCGUGAUUGAUGAUAAUGUUAAGUACUUGUCGGUAAUUAAGGAGUUCGUUAAAGAGAUAUAACAUUGAAUGUAACGGUACAGCUCCAAAUAAAAUGUUUAAACUGUAAUACUUUUUGUCCACUUACAAAAUAAAUAUCCUGUAAAUAU